AUCACUUUCCCGUCGUCUACCAGAGCGUUGAGCAAUGUUUUAGGGAGAGGGUGAGCGUUUAGCGAGCUCUCUCUCAAACCCUGUAUUUCUCUCUGCUGCUGCUGCUGUUCGUCCUUCUCUUCCUCCGUUGACCUCCUUCUCUUCCAUUUCUACCAAAGAUCAAAACCCCAAACCCCCUUCUUCAAGAUCUGCCAUUCCCACCUUCCAAUUUCACAGUUUCAAGAUCUGUAAACAUUUCUUUACCUUCUUUACUCUGGCGUUGGUUUUCCGACGCCCCCACUUGCUUCUUUUUAGAUCCCCACCUCUGUUCGCCAUCUUUCUUUUAGGGUUUUGUCGUUUUGGCACUCUUAUCGAGUUGACCUUGGAGGAAUGUCGAUUUUACCCAAAGGCGAUUCGAUUCAAAUCCGUGAAGUAUGGAACGCUAAUUUGGAAGAGGAGUUUGCGUUAAUCCGUGAGAUUGUUGAUGAGUUUAAUUAUAUAGCUAUGGAUACUGAGUUCCCUGGUGUUGUACUUCGUCCUUUGGGCGCUUUCAAGAAUAUCAAUGAUUUCAACUAUCGGACUCUUAAAGAUAAUGUUGAUAUGUUGAAGUUGAUUCAGUUGGGUCUUACAUUCUCUGAUGAGAAUGGGAAUCUCCCAACUUGUGGAACUGAUAAGUUUUGCAUUUGGCAGUUCAAUUUCCGCGAGUUCAACAUUGGUAAUGAUAUUUUUGCUAGUGAUUCCAUUGAGCUUCUUCGUCAGUGUGGUAUUGAUUUCCAGAAGAAUAAUGAAGAGGGUAUUGAUGUCAAUCGUUUUGGUGAGCUUCUAAUGUCUUCUGGGGUUGUGUUGAACAAUGAUGUGAAUUGGGUGACGUUUCAUAGUGGGUAUGAUUUUGGUUAUUUGCUGAAAUUGCUAACUUGCCGAGGCUUACCGAAUGAUCAGGCAGGUUUUUUUGAGUUGAUCAAUGUCUAUUUUCCGGUGGUUUAUGAUAUCAAGCAUUUGAUGAAGUUUUGCAACAGUCUCCAUGGUGGGUUGAACAAGCUUGCGGAAUUAUUAGAAGUUGAGAGGAUUGGAGUUUGUCAUCAAGCAGGAUCAGAUAGUUUGCUUACCGCCUGUACUUUUAGGAAGUUAAGGGAUACCUUUUUCAAUGGAUCUAUACAGAAAUACGCAGGUGUUUUGUAUGGUCUUGGUGUUGACAAUGGACAGCGUACUAAUUGAAGAGAAUUACAAAGUAUUUGUAGAAGUGUGAGACUUUUAGUUACUUCUGUACAAUUUGGCUAAAGCAUUGAUGAUGAUUGUAACUGUUUUCAGCUUUCCUUCUCUGUAAUAGAAACCUCCGUCUGUUUUUUGCAGCUUAGUGGUUUCUUGUAAAUUAUGUCAGUUAGUGUUUCAAUAAGAAUUUUAAUGACGUUUCUUAGAAUGAGUUUCCACUUGUUUUGUGAGCUUAUUUUGUUACAUACUUCUUUGGGUUCGUUAAUCAUGUAAGGCUCCAAAGGUACUUGGAUUGAUACACAUUAUUGCCAAUAGAACAUAUUUCUUUAA